AAAAAAAAGUGAAGUAGCACGAUCUAAAUGAAAUUAAAGUUUAAAAAAUUCAGAUAACAUAGAGUUAUUUUUGUGUACAUAAAUAAGUAAUGGAUGAGUUUAAGGUAUGGGAAGAUUUAUCUAAGAUACCAGCUGACCCACCGGUAAUGCGUAACCUGUGCAAUAAAUGCAAACGUCCUUCAGUAGUGUGUUGGUGUUCUGCAUUGCCCCCACAGAGAUUAAACCCUCGGAGCACUGUCAUCCUGUUGCAGCAUCCAGCAGAAGAAAAGCGAUGCCUGCGCACUGCACCUAUGCUACAGUUGGGAUUAGCUGAAAACAAGUGCCUUAUAUUCAAAGGAAAAAAAUUCCCACAACCUAAACAUGAAAACUUAGAAAAUAUUUUAUCUCAACCUAAUACAAUUCUUUUAUACCCAAGUAAAACAGCUAUAGAUAUAAGAGAGUUAGUAAAAAAUAAAAGUGUUGAAUCAUAUAACUUGGUGUUACUGGAUGGGACAUGGCCACAGGCAAAAGCAAUUUAUGCUUCCAGCUCUAUUCUUCAUAAUAUAAAACAAGUUAAACUUAUAACUAGUGGCAUAAGCAGUUAUAUAAUAAGGACACAACCGACUGAGGGAUGUUUGAGUACCCUUGAAACAGCGGCAGAAGCUCUGUCACAGCUAGAAGACAAUCCUCUUUACAAGGAACAAUUGAUUGAGCCAUUACAUAUGUUGUGUAGAUACCAACUUGAAAAUGGAGCUGUUACACAUCAAUCAAAGGAAUUUUUGUUAAAAACACAAAUGUAUCCCAAAUUAAUUGGUAAACGGCUAUCUAGAUUGCUAAGGUCAACAAACGAAAAUGUUCUAAACCCCAUUUAAUUUUAAUAAUGUUGAAUAAAAUAUUACAAAAGUUGUUAUUGCUAA